AUGACCAGCGGUCCCAGCAACGAGAAUCCUCGCCAGGAGCGCGAGCACUUGCUUCCGACGCAGCAGCCAGGCCAGCUGCGCGGUCGGAAGAGAGCGCCGCUGGUGGAAGUGACGAACCUGGCGGUCAUGGGGGGCAGAGCACGCGCCACAGCCAAGCGCGCUGCCCUGAGGCCGCAUCUCGCUGUACGUGUCUCGUCGCUCCACUCAUGCGGCUCUCAGGUCGUUCCUCUAAAGGAGCGCUUUCC